AUGGGCAUUGAUGUUGCUAUAGAGCAAUUGAAAGGGCUUAUUUCUUUUUUCGAAAAAUACAGGGAAUAUGGUUUUGAAAAUGUCAUAAUUUCGGCUAAAGAAAUUGCUAUCGAAAUAGAUAUAGAACCUAAGUUUCGUGAAAAACGUAUUAUUCGUAGAAAGAGACAAUUUGAUGAGAUUAUUGACAAUGAAUGGAAAAGAAGAGAGAAAGGGAAAGAAAGAAAAAAACAUCAAGCUAUUGCUGAAACAUCUCUCUUCUGUUCUAUCCUUAAUUAUAUUCUCCUUUUGUUUCCUCUCCAAAGCUUGGAAGCCAUGGCUUUUCCAAAUCAAUCCAUGUCAGAUUCUCCACAGAGAAAGAUGGGAAGGGGAAAGAUUGAGAUCAAGAGGAUUGAAAACACAACGAAUCGCCAAGUAACUUUCUGCAAACGCCGAAACGGCUUACUCAAAAAAGCUUAUGAACUAUCUGUUCUUUGUGAUGCAGAAGUUGCUCUUAUAGUCUUCUCUAGCCGCGGUCGCCUCUACGAAUAUGCCAAUAACAGUGUGAAAGCAACAAUUGAAAGGUACAAAAAAGCAUGCUCAGAUUCAUCUGGCACUGGAUCUGCUUCUGAGGCUAAUGCUCAGUUUUACCAACAAGAAGCUGAAAAAUUGCGUGUUCAAAUUAGUAACCUGCAGAAUAACAACAGGCAAAUGAUGGGUGAAUCUCUAGGAUCUAUGAAUGCCAAGGAACUCAAGAAUCUGGAGUCUAAAUUAGAAAAAGGAAUAAGUAGAAUUCGUUCCAAAAAGAAUGAGCUGUUAUUUGCUGAAAUUGAAUACAUGCAGAAGAGGGAGAUAGAUUUGCAUAAUAACAACCAACUUUUGAGAGCAAAGAUAGCUGAAAGUGAGAGGAACCACCACCAUAAUAUUAACAUGAGUGUGUUACCUGGAGGCACAAACUAUGAAUCCAUGCAAUCUCAAACUCAGCAGCAAUAUGAUUCUCGCGGAUACUUUCAAGUUUCUGGAUUACAAUCCAGUAGUAGUCAGUACGGACGACAAGACCAAAUGUCUCUUCAAUUAGUUUGA